UGACGCUUUUAUAUAGAUUGACAUGUAAAUAAAAUGAUUGAUUCACUAAUUUCUUUUUCCGAAGUCGUUUAAUCAUGAUGGUAACGUGUAAGGUGUGGUUGGUGUUGGUAUUCCUGCUCCUUCAAUGGCAAGGUGCAAAAGGUCACAUGAUCGAUAACUUAGCAGACUCAUUGUUUACUGGUUACAAAGAGGCUGUUAGACCACAAUGCCAAGCUAAUGAUACAACAACCGUUGAUCUAUACAUGUCCCUCAGACAAAUCAUAGACAUUGAUGAGCCUCAACAAAUUAUCAAACUGAACGUUUGGAUAAGAAUGAAAUGGUCAGAUUGUAGACUAAAUUGGUAUGCUCCGAACUUCGGGAAUAUAACUGGAUUCGUAGUACCAUAUAAUACUGUAUGGGUGCCAGACAUUACCUUGUACGAUAAUGCUGAACCUGUUUUAUCCGGCCUUAAAGAUUACAGAGCUAACUUGAAUCAGGAAGGAGAAAUUAAGUACAAUUUCCCAUCUCUCAUCACCAGUGUUUGUGCUUUAGAUAUCCGAUACUUUCCAUUUGAUUUUCAAGUUUGUUCGUUAACGCUUGGUUCAUGGGCUUAUAAUGGCUGGGACAUCAACGUUACUCAUUCCUCUGACAAAAUAGAACUACAAUCGUAUAUAGAAAAUAGCGAAUGGCGUCUUCGAGAUGCGUUCAUUACUCGCGUCGAGCCACUUUACGACGGAGUUCCGUUUCCGACUGUGAAGUUCCAUUUAAAACUAAAGCGGAAACCCUUAUUUUAUAUAGUCAAUGUGGUUUUUCCUUGCUUGUUGAUUACCUUUGUAGCAGUAUUAGGUUUUCUGCUGCCACCAGAUUCCGGAGAGAAAAUCAGUUUACAAGUGACUGUGCUAUUGUCUCUUGCUGUCUUCCAGUUAGUAAUACUAGAUAUGAUCCCGGCAUCUGGCGAUUCAUUUCCCUUCAUAAGUUUGUAUUUUACAUUUUCAAUGCUGAUUGUUGCCAUUUCCUGUUUAUUAACGGUAGUUGUACUGAGAAUACAUUUUAAAGGCAAAUAUGGCGUGCAUCUAAGUGAGCGCAUUAGAAAAUAUUUCCUUAUACCACUGACGAGGCUGACUUUCAUUGACCUCAGGAAGUAUUCCUUGCAUCCAACGAAUGCAAUCGAUGCCAAAGAUUAUGACAAGGACCAACUGUACCAGGAACGCCAUAACUCCGUCAGCUCAGACGUACAAAAGACAGAAGAUUAUAGUUUGUAUAAAGAUAAACAAGUUCUGAGUUAUCUUGAGAGCAUAUUGAGCAACAUAAAAAGAAUAAAUGAAUUUGUUAAUGGUAGUUAUGACCAACAUGAAGUUGAGAAAUGGUGGAAUGUCUUCUCGAUGGCGUUUGAUAGACUCUUCUUAGUCAUUUACUUGUUGUGUACUAUUGCAGUGGCUUUAAUUCUUACAGCACCCUCAAUGCAUCAAGAAAAUUGAAUCUCGGAACCAUUUUUAUAUAUUAUAAGGUACAGAUAUACAUGUACAAAAUGUGCACUGGUCAGAAUCUUGGACGAUUUACUUUUUGUAUUAAAUAAAAAUUACUCUACG